CGCCGCCAAGACCCAUUAAGGAAGGGCCCAUCGAUCAGGCCUGUUUGCAGCUAAACGCUAAUGAGCUCGGACCCGAGGGACUGCGGGAGGGCUGCACGGGGCACGCAGCACCCGAGACAAGACCCGGACGAAAGCUCGGAGCAGUGGGCUGGUGGGGGCUAGGAGCCAAGACUCCGGCCCGCACGAGUCGCGGCUGCUUCCUCUUUCUCCCUCUGCCCCGCCCCGGAGGGUAGUGGGAGGGGCCGGCCCUGCGGCUCCGGCUCCUGGGGGCCCCGCCUCGCCCCGCCCCGCGCCUCAGUCUCCUCCCCUGCGCAGAGCCCAGCCCCAGCCCCACAGCCUCCUCACUCCUUACUCCGGUACAGUACCAACGGCGGCCCGCAGCCACCUGGUCCCCGGCAACAAUCCCGGCCUCACCCCGCUGGCCCCAGAGCCCGUGGCUCGAGCCCCCCCCCGCCCCCCCCCACCCGGGGCCCAGGGGCCGGCUUCCCGUCCUACCUGCCCCUGGCCUGGAAGAAAGGGCAGCAGCCCCUGUGGGCCCCUGCCACUUGAGCCUCCAUCCUUCCAGCUGGAUGCCCUCUUGAGUUGGGCCGCCAGGAUGGCAGCUGGAGUGGCUACCUGGCUGCCCUUUGCCAGGGCGGCUGCCGUGGGCUGGCUUCCCCUGGCCCAGCAGCCCCUGCCUGCUGCCCCUCGGGGCUGUGAGGCUCGCAGUGAUGAGGUGCUGGUGGUGAAUGUCAGUGGGCGCCGCUUCCAGACGUGGAAGAACACGCUGGACCGCUACCCGGACACGCUGCUGGGCAGUUCAGAGAAGGAAUUCUUUUUUGACCCGGACUCUGGCGAAUACUUCUUCGACCGGGACCCGGACCUCUUCAGGCACAUCCUGAACUUCUACCGGACGGGCCGCCUGCACUGUCCCAGGCAGGAGUGCAUCCAGGCCUUUGAUGAGGAGCUAGCCUUUUAUGGCAUCGUGCCGGAGCUGAUUGGUGACUGUUGUCUGGAAGAGUACCGAGACCGCAAGAAAGAGAACGCGGAACGCCUGGCUGAGGAUGAGGAGGCUGAGCUGGGGGGUCCCGGAGGGGCUGGAACUGACUGGGCCCUGCCCCCUGACAGCCCCUUUCGCCAGCGCCUCUGGCGAGCCUUUGAGAACCCCCACACGAGCACCAUGGCGCUGGUGUUCUACUAUGUGACGGGCUUCUUCAUCGCUGUCUCGGUAAUCGCCAACGUGGUAGAGACUAUCCCUUGUGCAGCUGGUGGCCGGGCUGGCUGGCGGGAGGAGCCCUGCGGGGAACGCUUCCCGCUGGCCUUUUUCUGCAUGGACACAGCCUGUGUGCUCAUCUUUACUGGGGAGUAUCUCCUGCGGUUGUUUGCGGCCCCCAGUCGGGGCCGCUUCCUUCGCAGCGUCAUGAGCCUCAUUGAUGCUGUAGCUAUCCUGCCCUACUACAUUGGGCUCUUUGUGCCCAAGAACGAAGACCUGUCUGGGGCCUUUGUGACCCUGCGUGUCUUCCGGGUGUUCCGAAUCUUCAAGUUCUCUAGGCAUUCCCAGGGCCUUCGGAUCCUGGGCUACACACUGAAGAGCUGCGCCUCUGAGCUGGGCUUCCUCCUCUUCUCCCUCACCAUGGCCAUCAUCAUCUUUGCCACUGUCAUGUUCUAUGCUGAGAAGGGCACCAGCAAGACCAACUUCACCAGCAUCCCAGCUGCCUUCUGGUACACUAUCGUCACCAUGACCACUCUUGGGUAUGGGGACAUGGUGCCCAGCACAAUCGCAGGCAAGAUUUUCGGCUCCAUCUGCUCGCUCAGCGGGGUGCUGGUCAUCGCCCUACCAGUGCCCGUCAUCGUAUCCAACUUCAGCCGAAUCUACCAUCAGAACCAGCGAGCUGAUAAACGCCGGGCCCAGCAGAAGGUGCGGCUGGCAAGAAUCCGAAUGGCCAAGAGUGGGACCACAACAGCCUUCCUUCAGUACAAGCGCAACAGGGGCCUGGAGGACCAGGAUAGCACCAGGAGACCAGCCCUGAGUACACGAAGUUGCUCAGCUUUCGAACAGCAGCACCAUCACCUUUUGCACUGUUUGGAGAAGACCACGUCACAUGAGUUUACAGAUGAGUCUACCUUCAGUGAGGCCCUGGGAGUCGUUUCCCUGGGUGGCCGCACCAGCCGCAGCACCUCAGUGUCUUCCCAGGCUGUCAUGGGAAGCAGUGCUCGGGCCAGUAGUCUUAUCUCCUCUUGCUGUCCCCGUCGGACCAAGCAGCGCCGGGCCAUUCGGCUGGCCAACUCCACAGCCUCUGUCAGCCGGGGCAGCAUGCAGGAGCUGGACACUCUUGCUGGGCACCACAGCCCAGGCCCCCAGAGCAGCCGAGCCAGCCUUAAUGCCAAGACCCAUGACAGCCUGACUCUAAAUUGCGCCAGUCGGGACCUGGUGGCAGCCAUCAUCAGUAUCCCCACCCCUCCAGCAAACACUCCAGAUGAGAGCCGGCCACAUUCACCUGCCAGUGACAAUGGGGAAGGGCUGGGAAGACCUUCUGGUGGCAGUGGUGGUGGUGGCAGCAGCGGCAGCGGUGGUGGCAGUGACAGCGUUGGCAGCAGCAGCCGCAGCAACAGGGGAACCCUUAGGAACUCCAACCUGGGCCCUUCUUAUCUUCUCCACAACACUGUCAAAAUCUCCUCCCUGUGAUUAGGGAACGCCACCCCUCUUUUGGGGCCUUGCUUCCCCACCUCAGAUGUCGCUCUGUUUUGUUUCCAAAGCCAUAUUUGGAGGGGGCAGAGUAUGAGGCUGAUGAGGGGCCAUAAGCUAUGCAAUGGGAUAUUAUAAUGUUUGGGGGUGGGGCACCUAUCUCCCCCUCUCUUCAGUCUCCUCACCUGCCCUGACCAGGACAAUUUGGUGGUGUGAUGGAAAGUGAUUGCUGUCGUCCAAGGUCCCAUGUCCUCUGUCCCCCAGAGACAUCACUAGCUGGGAUAGCAGAGGACCAAUCUUGGUGUCUCAGGGAGGAGUGGGGUCUCCUCGGAGCUUAUCUAUUCCUAGGAGGUGUCCCCACUGACUGGGCCAGCCCAAAGGAAGCUGGUUGUCAGAGAGGAGGGAGGAGGCAGGUCUCAUCCUGUAUCUUCUCCAUUACAGAGUCUCGAACGCAGUAGUUCCGUUCUUUGUUCGGCAUUAGCGUCUUGAGGAUUUGUCAUCUAUUGGAAUGAAGGAGGGUGGCCCUAGGGGCCUGCUCACUCAGCACAUCUCCUUGUAUCAUGUCCCAGGAAAUGUUAGUAGACUUGAACAGCAGAGAGACCCAUCACCCCUGGGCUAGCCUCCAUGCAUUUCCUGGACAGGUGGAGAAAAUCCUCUCGUUGGCUGAGGGGCCACCCAACCCCAUCUUCUCUCACAGCAAGCAGCAAGGAAAGGCCAGGAGACUCUGAGUCUUGGCCCCACUGGGCACCAGGUCUCACUCCCUAGGAGGCCUUCUGGGUGGCCCUUCCCCUUCCCCCUCCUUAAUGACAUACAAAGCAAUAGCCCAGCUAUGUGAUGCAAAGAACCUCUGGGUAACUCCUGGUUCUGCCCUCGAUUCAGUCGAAUUAUUAUCGCUGAGAUAACUAGGAGCAGCAGGCCAGGAAGAGGAGAGGCUUUGAGAUCUCUCUCUACCCUCUCCAGAGCUCUUAGAGCCUGCCUUGUUUUCCCCUCUGUGUCCUAAUUCCCCUUCAUCAGCUGUCUGCCUGCUUGCCUUCCCUGUGGCAUGUCUCAGGUUUCCCCACCUGCCCCAUGCUUGAAAGCCAGUGGCCUAUUGGAUGUAGUUGCAGACAAUAAAACCCUACACAAACCAAA